CCCCUUUUCCCCCCCUUUUUUUAUUUUUUUUAUUUAUUUAUUUUAUUUUAUUUUUUUUGACAAAUAAAAAGAAAUGAAGAUAAACAUUUCUAUUUUAUUUGCUUUUAUUAUACCCUUUUUCAUUACAUUUUCAUUUGCUGAAAAGACUUUACUAAAGCAACUUGUUGAUGAAGGAAAUCAAUAUUUAAUAACAGGUCGAUUUAAUGAAGCCAUUACUAGCUUUGAUGCUGCCAUCCAGCAAGAUUCUUCCGAUUAUAUUUUAUAUUAUAAAAGAGCAACGGCUUAUUUGUCUUUAGGUAAAUUAAGCUCUGCUAUAUCUGACUUUACAGCUAUUCUCAAGUUACGACCCGGUUUUCAAAAGGCUUUACUGGAACGUGCAAAAAUAUAUAUAAAUAUUGGUGAAUUUACUUUAGCUGAAACUGAUUUACUUGAUCAUAAAGAUCAUGCUUCCGAUGAACAACUAAAAAGUUUGCUUGCAUCUGUUCAAUAUGCUAAAGAACAAUAUAAAUUAGGUCAGCAAGCACUUGAUAACCAGCAUUAUGAUCUUUGUAUUCAACAUAUGACUGAAGUUAUUCGUAUCUCUUCUCAAAACUCUCAAUGGAGACUUCUUCGUGCUCAAUGUCAUUUUGAAAAAGGAGAGAUCGAGGAAGCCAUCCAUGAUUAUACACGCAUAGCUCAUUUAAACCCUUCAGAUAAAAAUAUAUUAAUCAAUUUAGCAAAUUUAAACUAUUUUUCAUUAUAUGAACCUGAUAAAGCUUUAAACCAAGUAAAACAAUGCAUUCAUUAUGACCCUGAAGACCGACAAUGUAAAACUCUUUUUCGGUUCAUUAAACGUAUUGAAAAGGAAAUGAAAAAGGCAGAUUUACCGACACUUUUAGAAGAUUCUCAUCACACGAAUCCUGGUGGUUUUGUGAAUGAAAUAGAUGAAGCUUUUAAUAAACUAAAAGAUAAUUUAAACAUGACUAUAAGAAAUAUACCGAAACGACUUCACUUAAAGUUAUAUACUUUAGCUUGUAUGGCACAAGAAUACAAACUGGAACAGGUUGAAAAAUGGUGCAAUGCGGCAUUGAAGAUAGAACCAAAUCAUGUAGAAAUUUUAAAAAAAUUAGGCGAAAUGAAACUGAAUAUAAAUGAUUUUGAAGGUGCAGUACGGUAUUUAGAAAGGGCGCUGGAAGCCACUGAACAAAAAGAUAGACAAAUUAGACAUUUAUUACAACGUGCACAACAAUUACUACGACAGAGUAAAAGAAGAGAUUAUUACAAAAUACUAAAUGUGAACAGGGAUGCAGACGCUAAAACAAUUAAGAAAGCAUAUCGUAAACUAGCACAUGAAUGGCAUCCAGAUAAAUACAAUGGAGAACUUGCUAAAGAACAAGUAGAAAGUAAAAUGGCAGAUAUCAAUCAGGCCUAUGAGGUAUUAAGUGAUCCAGAUAAAAGGCAACAAUUUGAUAAUGGAUUUGAUCCUUAUGAUCCAGAGGCCAAUCAACAUCCUUUUGGUGCUCAAUAUGGAGGGGAUUCAUUUGUACGUUUUGGUGGUGGUUUCCCCUUUAACGAAGAAAUUGAGCCACUUCAUCAUGGUGAAACAAUAGAAAUGAAUGAAGCUAGUGGUAGUCAUUUACCAUCAUCUCGUCCUUUAUAUCGUAAAAUAGGUCAACUUGCAGAAGGAGGUUGGACUUCAGUUGCCAAUUUAGUACAAAACACAACAUCCACCUCACGUCCCUCACCUCAUAUCGACAUUGAUGAACCUUCGAAUUCAUCCCCUGACAUCAAGAACGAUGUCAAACGAACCUUAUAUCUAUUGUUGGAGGAACCUGCAAGUAGUCAAAGUGCAUUUUGGACCAACGUAAUUGUUUCGUUUUUGAUUGUCUUUAGUGCUGUUACAACUACGAUCGAGACAAUCCCUUCUUUUCGUUCAGCUAAAAGUAAUAGGGUUUGGUUUCAACUAGAAUCAGCCAUGGUAGCAUUAUUUACAUUGGAAUAUUUGUUACGAAUGUUUGCCCAUUCAGAUUCCUUUCGCAUGUUGAAAAAGUUUUUUACAUCACCACUGUCCAUCAUUGAUUUUAUUUCCAUUAUCCCAUUUUAUAUUGAAGUAAUUGCUAAACGAGAUACUACGUAUGAAUUUAGAUUUACAAUCUUAAGAUUGUUUCGAUUAUUACGAUUAUUUAAAUCAUAUAAAUAUUCUAAUGCAGUUGUGAUGACAAUUGAAGUCAUGAUGAUGGCCUUUCGAAGAUCAGGAGAUGCAUUGUCAGCUUUAUUCUUUUUUACAGUCACUUGUGUAGUUUUGUUUUCAACUUUACUUUAUUUUGCUGAAAGAGGUAUUUGGGAUGAAACAUUACAGACAUUUGUAGCGUCAGAUGGCACACCAAGUGCAUUUGACAGUAUUCCAGCAGCAUUUUGGUUUGUAUUGGUAACUAUUACAACUACAGGAUAUGGUGACAUGGUGCCUACCACUUUUGUUGGUAAAUUAAUUACAUUUCCAGCCAUGAUGUUUGGAGUUUUGCUUAUUGCCUUACCUUCUAUUAUUGUUGGAAGAAACUUUACAAUUGUUUGGGAAAGUAUGAGAAGAAGACAAUUCUCAAACCAAUUAGCACACACUAAUCCGAUGGGUGAGGAAAUAAAUGAGCAACAACAUACCAUUCAUAUCGUCUCCCCUUCCUCUAUUCAACCUACAACAACAAAAAAUAAUAAUUUUGAAAUAUUACCUAAUAAUACUAAUAAUGAUGAAGAGGUCAUGUCCCAGUUACAGACAUUAAUGACUUUAACUUUACAAAAUCAAGCGGCUAUUAAUAAAAUCAUCAAUGUCCUCGAAAGACAACAACUAGAUGUGAUGAACAACACUAAUAAUGAAGAAUUCUUAGAGCAACGACUACAUCAACAGAACGUUAAAGGAAAGAGUCCAUUCAUUAGAAAAGACAUAAAUCCAUUCAAUGACGAAUAAUGUCAUGUCAUUCAAUCAUCAUGAAUAUCCCGUUUGUUUCACAUAGAUCUUUGUUUUAUUUUAUUUUAUUUGUCUUUUUCUCCCUUCUUUUAUAGUUGCAUUUAACCACUAAAUGAAUUUAGAAUAUGUAAUAAAUAGCGUUAUGUACAUACAUACAUACAUUCUCUUUUGCUCUCUUUGACAUGUGCAGUAUUUCAGGUCCAUAUAUAUAGGAUAAUAGGCACAUAUACCUUAUGUAUUAAGAAGAAGAAAAAAAAAAAGAAAGAGGUAG